UGCCCCUUUAAAUAGAAGCGUGUUGUAUUUUCGCAACUGAUUUAAAAACAGUUUUGGUUAAUAGUAUUAUUAUUAAAUAUGGCAUUAACAUCUGGUUCUGGGAUCCCCAGUAAAUCAUGGCAGCCAGAUCAAGUCACAAUAGAAACAACGAUGGGUAAAAUGGUGGUAGAGUUGUACUGGAAACAUGCUCCGAACACAUGUCGUAAUUUUGCUGAACUGUGCAGAAGAGGUUACUAUGAUGGUGUGAAAUUUCACAGAAUAGUUCGUGAUUUUGUUAUUCAAGGUGGUGAUCCAACUGGCACAGGUAGAGGUGGAGCAUCUAUUUAUGGUAAAUAUUUUGAUGAUGAAAUAAACAGAGAUCUCAAACAUACAGGAGCUGGCAUAUUAUCAAUGGCUAAUAGUGGACCUGAUUCAAAUGGAAGUCAGUUUUUUAUUACGCUAGGUCCUACGCAGUGGUUGGACAAUAAACAUACCGUAUUUGGUCGUAUUUGUAGCGGAAUGCUAGUUGUACAGAGAAUUGGUAUGGUAGAAGUUGAUCAAAACGAUAAACCACUGGAUGAUAUAAAAAUAUCUAAAGCUUAUAUCACACCAUCCUGAUUGAUCUCGAUAAAAAAUAGUGAAUAAUCAAUAUCUAUGAACAGUAGUGGAUAAAAAAGAUGUGUUUUUAAAUAUGUGAAAAAUAAGUCUUUUUAAAGAAAAGAUAUCCACAAAGAAACUGAUUAACAUUUCAGAGGCAUAUGACUACAAAUAACUACUGCUAAAUAGUUAUCAUUUACAUGUGAAAAGCAACAUACAAACAACUAUUCAAAAGAAAUAUUAUUUAGAAAUUUU